UGAGUUUGUUUGCCAACUCAAAUAUGUAGUGGAAGAAAAUGUACUACUUUACGAUGGAGAUGGACUCAAUUGCGCUACCUUUGCGCUCAUAGACGCCAUAGUUGGACAGAUAUAAUAAUGCGAUGUCUAUCUAAAUCUAUGGGUACCACAUACACGCCUCUAUCUUUUCUCAUCUGCAGCCCAACCCACCACUUCACCGAGAACUUGCUUUUUUUCGUCACUUUGUUGAGCGAUUUUGAAUGAGGACCAAAUUGCAUUGUGUAAUAUCAAUUAUGGAAUAAAAGACCGACGCUUCUGGAAAAGUCACCCGAGCAAAUAUCUUUCGAAAAACGGUCUUACACCAUCUCUGGCCUUUAUAUUAACUACUACGCUACUGUGUUAAAAUGACCGCAAAGCACCGAGGGAAAAAGAACAAACACAAUCACGAAGACUUUAACAAUUUUAAUCAUGAAUCUUCGGAACCGGAGGCGCGAGGUGGAAACCAGUAUACGCUUUUGUUCAUUUUAUUCCUUCUGAUUGUGGUUGGAGGUGCAACGGCUGCAUGGUUCUGUUUCCAGCAACACCAAAGUAUAACCUACUUAGCAGACAACCUCAUGGGCAUGCAGAUGAAGAUGGUGAAGCUUCAGUCCUUCCAGGAAGAAAUUCUAGAGACAAAUGAAAAGCUGCUCAGUACCGAUGGCUUUGAGAAUCGCCUCAACACCCUGGAAGAGUCAUACGAACUGGCCCAGAAGCAGGUAAGCAUGGCCCUGGCCAUAGCUGAACAACUGAAGACCUCAGACCUGCCCACCCAGGUCCUCUCCCUUCACACAGAGAUGAAGACCCGGCUGGCAGAGAUGCAGCAGGCCACCGUGUCCGCGGAUCAGCUGACCCAGCUGCAGGCAAUGCUGAAGGGGAAGAGCAAAGAGUUUGAGGCUGUCCGGCUGCAGGUGGAGGGCCUGGCAAGGGUGAGCACGGAGAUGGCUCAGAGCGUCGAGGGCCUGACAAGGAGCCUGGCGGAGGCUGAGUCCAAGCUGGAGGGGAGGGAAGGGCUGGUGGUCACACUGAGCGCCACGUUGGCGGACCAGACAUCAGAGUUCCUAGAGCUUAAGGAACAGCUGGCUGCCAACCAGGCUCAACUUGAGGCCAGUACAGUGGAGAUCGCAAGUGUCAAGGAGCUGAUGGAGAUGAGGCAGUCUCAGAGGGCCCAGCAGGCCAGUGUGGAGGAGCAGCUUGUUACAGUAGAACAGAGUCCGCAGAAGCAGAACUCAGCGGCCCACAGUCUGCACUCUGAGCUCCACGCUCAGCUGGAGGCUGGGCAGAAACAGGUCGCCCAGCUGGAAGUAGGGGUUCAAACAGAUGAGCCCUCGGAGGUGGAGGAGGAGACUGCUCUGGCUGCUGCCGAGGAGGUGGAAGAGGCUGCUGAUGCUGCUGCUGAGGAGGUGGAAGAGGCUGCUGAUGCUUUUGCUGAGGAGGUGGAAGAGUCUACUCCUGCGGAAGAGGAGCAGGCUGCUGAGGAGGACGAGGUGGUGGUGGAGAAGGAGGCAGCUCACUUGAAUGGGGAGCCUGCUGAACAGGAGGACUCUGCUCUCACAGAGGAACAGACUGCUCCUGCAGAGGAGGAGAUGGUUGAGGAGCAGGAGGACUUGGCAGAGGCAGCACCGGAGAAGUGGUUGGCAGAAGAGAAGGUAGAAGAGGAGGAUUCUGAAGCAGAGGAGGAGCAAGGGGAGGAAGAAGAGGAAAAACCAGAAGAAGAUGAGGCCUCUCCUGAGGAGGAAUUGUCAAUGUAAGCAGCAAGGAAAGUCUUCUACAGCCACCAAACUCCCAGAGGAUAAUGGACACGUUCAGUCUGCAUCAUGACAAAUGGGAAGGCAUUACCGAUGUUGAGGUUCAAUAAACAUUCACUUUUUCUCCCCAAGGGGAAAAAUCAGGUCAAUAGGAUUCACACAACUCUCUAGAAUCAGUAUUGUUACAUCAAUGAACGUGUGUAUGAGAGGGCUAACUGGUCAGGCAAUGGUUAAUAAUAUUCAGGACUCACCUGCCAAUACCAACCUCAAAGCCUUAAUCUAUUUUAACACAGCUCUUUCUAUAGAUUAUUUUAUGUACACCAAAAUGUCACUUUUCUGCAAGCUCAGUUGAAACACUGAGUUCAAAGUGACAAGGAGGACUAACUAAACAGCCAAUAGAAAAACAUGAAUUCACUCACACAAUCAAACAAAGCCAUAAAAUAUGCCCAUCUUGUUGAUAUGAAAUUGGCUUUCUUUUUGUCAUUGUCUGAAAUGUCUUGUUGGGAUUUUCAUUAGAAGAAUAUAUACAGAACAAGAGUCCUAUUUGUUUACACAGGAAUGAACAGCCUACUAAAGGAAUAGCAUGGGGGUAGCAAGGGCCAUAUCUGUGAAAUGCUAACAUUUACGUACAAUUUUACUGAAGAUUGUUAGUCUAGUUGUUUUUAUUGACUUUUUUUCUUGAGACUUUUUGUCUGUACAGAAAGUGCGCUGUUACUGCCCAGACAUUGGGUUCUUCUCUCACAACGUACCGUUCAUCUCAGAUCUCUGUGAUGUAUCUUUUAUAAAAUAAACCCUGGUUUAUCCUCUGUAAUUUUUUUACACCAA